AUGGAUACACUGAGGAACAUCAAUGCCUUAGCCCAAAUAAUGCUAAGACUAGAAGAAUUGAAAGUUGAAAACAAAAAUCUGCGAAAUAAAUGUAAUCAAAUGAAAGAGCUUGUAGAACUGUGGCAGUUUCAUUGUUUAAACUUGCCAGAGAACUAUUGUUUAGAGUGCGGCCAAUCGAAAUCUAAAAAAAUUAUGAACAGAUUGAAUUCCAAAUCUCCAAUUGAUCAUGAUGAAAUGGCGAGAAGUGCAGAAGUUAUCUUCACCGAAAGCAGCUCAUCCGCUUCGCCCGUUUCUGCAACAACUCCAACAACACGCUUAAACGAUUUAUCUCGAAAAUUAAAACGUUUUCUUUCCAACAAAACCGAUUCGUACUGCAAAAAAAAAGCUGAAAAACCGUUUCGCAGAUUUAAAUCAGAAAAUUCAAAUGACGAGUUUAUGAAAAAAGCUGUUGUAUCUCCUUCUUUUUUGCUAUUUAGUCCCUUCUUUAAACAUGCAAACAUUAAAAAAUUUCAGAACCAUAAAAAGAGCAAAGAAAAAACUGAAAAACAUCCACCGUUAAGAAAAUUUAGCUCUUUUAGCGUUGACUUGCCUCAAUUAAAAUUCCCUACAUUCAGUCGAAGAGCCAGUUGUGAUGUUGUGACCGAAAGUGAUGCCAAGCCAGACAUUGUCGGCAGUUUAACUCUUUCGGCGCCAUCAUCGCAUUGCAAAUUGAAGUUCAAUCUGAAAAGUGACAGGGAGAACAACCCGCCGAAUAAUUUGUUAAGAGUAGAUAAAACAGAAAUAAACAACAAAUCGUCAUCAUUCCUACAUUCUUCUCUGUCGAAAUCUUUGAUAAGGCCAAAUGUUUUGCUGCAAUUUCUGCCUGAAUCGAACAUCUGUUCGCGAUAUUCAUCGUCAAAUCUUUCAACUCUGCCCGAAGAAAACAUCUUGACUUUUAGAAACGACGUCGAUGAUAUGGAAUCAAAUGGCGAAACAAUUUCUAUAAGGGAUCUAAACAGCGAAGAAGACGACAAUCAAUGUGACAGGGAGGAAGAUAAACUAUCUUUCAAUGGACGGUCAGACGUCAAUAGAGUUUUGCCCAUCACAACACUGACCGACGCAUACAGCAUUAGAGAUAUUGAAAAAUUCAACAUGGCACUUCUGAAAAAUAUUUCAAGAGGUAAUGAACGCUGCCUUUUAACAAAAACAACAGAAAGUUUGCAAGAUCCUGUAGUAGAGAGUUUAAAGAGCGAUGUAAAUAAUAAAUCCAUCAAAGAAACAACAAAUAAGGCUGUCAAUGAAUCGAAGAUAAAAAAUUCAACAGACAAAAAGAUGAAAACAAACAACACUUCAAGCUUAUCACUCUCAUUAAAUGCUAGUGAUAAAGUUAACCUUGAUAGCGAACACUGGAUAAAGAUGAAUAGUCUAUUGGGCAAACUUUUCUUAAACAGAAACAUGCCACACGCGUGUGACACUGUUUUUUAA